AUGCUAGUAAAGUUUGGUUUACAAGAUGCAAAAUCAUCGAAAUACCCACUUGAACCAUCUUAUGGAAAAACUGAUUCCGAACUUCUUUUACGUAAUGAUGAAUAUCAAAGCUUACUGGGGUCAUUAUUAUAUAUUGCAGUCAAUACUCGUCCUGAUAUUUGUGCUAGUGUGGCUAUCCUCGCAAGAAAGACGUGUAAUCCAAACCAAGAAGAUUGGAAUGAACUCAAACGCGUUGCCAAAUAUUUGAAAGGUACAAGAAACUUAUAUUUAAACCUUAGUGAAAAUGGUUCCGGUUCAAAUUUACUUGUUGGCUACGCGGAUGCCAACUGGGCAGAAUGUAGAAUCGACAGAAAAUCCAAUUCGGGAUAUAUUUUCUUGCUAAAUAAUAGUGCAGUUAGUUGGGCUUGCAAGAAACAAACAACAGUAUCAUUAUCAACAACGGAAGCAGAGUUUAUUGCAUUGUCCGAAGCUGCCAAGGAAGCUGUCUGGAUUAGAAAUAUUUUAAAUGAUUUAAAUUGCAAACAAUCAAAUCCUACUGUUAUUUUUGAAGACAACAGAAGCUGCUUAAAUCUUAUUAAGGAAGAAAAAACUGAGCAACAGAUCAAAACAUAUCGACAUAAAAUUCCACUUCGUUAA